AUGGCGAAUACAGAAAAUCACGAAACACAACCGAUUCUAGGGUCAACAGUUGCAAGCGAUGAUAUAUCAUUACAAUCAUCAAAAAUACAAAAUUAUAUUGGAGUAUGGCUUGACGAUAAUUGCAAUGAAAACACUUAUAUUUUCAUCAAAAAAGCACUUCAUGAUAUUUUCGAAUCGUUUGAAUCAAUCAGCGAUUGGAGUAAAUGCAUUCCGUAUAUUAAUGAACCUCGGCCUGGAAAAAUAAUUUUAAUUAUUUCACAUAAAAUCGGACAAAAUCUAAUACCACUUUUGCUUUGUACAGAUACUUCAUCAGUUGAAUAUAUUUAUGUUCACUGUACUAACGAAAAUGAACAAAACAAUUGGAAUUCCAACAGAUCUGCUAAACUUCAAGGUGGAUUUAUCACGAUUGAGUCUUUGACACAGCAGAUUAAGAGUGACAUUUCAGUGUUCGACAAACACACUAACGCGACUGUACUCCCAGCUAUAACACCAGUACUACCUCCAGCAGUCACAACAAGUAUAUUUGAUGAGUUUAAUACCAUAACGACAUCAAAUAAUGAUCAAACUCAUCCCUGUUCUGUUUUCGCUGUGCCAGCACCAGCAACAUGUUUUUUCGAUGGAAAAAUCAAAAAUAUAGCAUUAAAAGAUCUGAGUGAAGAUUCUGUUUGGUUCAUUCAAUUCCAGUUAUUAGUUGAAAUACUUAUACGUAUGGAAAAAUCAGAAAAAGCAAAAGAAGAUAUUAUAUCCAUUUGUCGAGCUUACUAUGAGGAUGACAAAAGUCAGCAAUGCAACUUAAAUAAGUUUGAAAACGAAGUACACGAUAUUUCAAAAGCUAUUUAUUGGUAUACAGCCGCAACCUUUCUUGUUCAUCUAUUAAAUAAAGUGUGUGGUACAGAAGAUGUUGAUCAUAUCUAUCGCUUUCGAUUAUUUAUUAGUAAUUUGCAUCAUCAAAUCACUCUGAUGGAACACAAUGAAUUAACAACUAAUGUCAAGAAAAAGAAGCCUCCGCUAUAUAGAGGAAAAGUUAUGACUAUCAGUACUUUCGAGAAUUUCAGAAAAAAUAUUAAUGGUCUAGUGGCUAUGAAGGGAUUUUUAUCGACAACUACUGAUAGAAAAGUUGCCGAAAUGUUUGCCGGCGAUGGAACCGUUCCAGCAGGAUCUGUUUCCGUUAUGUUUAAGUUAAACAUUGAUAAUUGGAAGGUGUGCAAACCGUCCGCUGCCAUAAAUCACAAUGAUAGUGCUAUAAAAGAUGAAGAGGAAGUCUUAUUUUCAAUCGGAAGUAUUUGGAAAAUAAAUAGUGUGGCUAACAAACCAGAAAAUGGAAUGUGGUGUAUUGAAUUAACAUCUUGUCCCGAAGAAAACAAACGCUCUAUCGAAUUAACAAACUAUUUGAAAGAACAAUUGGGUGAGACAAGUGAUCUAUGGACAUUGGGUGACUUUUUAAUGAAAAUGGGUGAAUAUAACAAGGCUGAAAAAUACUAUCACAUAUUAAAGUCGGAUCUUAAGCUUCCUAAACGGCAUGCAGAUCGCGCAAAAAUAUAUAGCUAUCUCGGUAUUAUCCAUCGAGAACUUAAUAAUAUACCUAUAGCAAUUGACUAUUUUAAACAAGCAAUAGAAGCGGCUCCACGAGAUAGAGGCAUAAAAUCAACGGUUAAAUAUAAUGAAAAACUAGCUCAGGAGGAGUUUAGACAAGCACCUAAAGUGUUCUUGGGAAAACGUCUAGCGUCUAGCGAUGUGUUAAGUAAAUCUCUAUUUACAAACGAGAUUUCUACACCAAUUUUAAAGAAUAAUUUGGGGCGUGCCGCUUAUCAACAAAAGAAGUAUAAUGAAGCGAUUACACUUUAUGAAGAGGCUAUUUGUAUUAUGUUGUCAUCGGAACUGUCAUAUCUUCAUGAAAUCUCCUGCGUCUACAAUAAUCUUGGAGCAGUUAAAUAUGAUCAGGAAGAUUAUUCUACAGCAAAGGACUAUUUUGAAAAAGCCAUAUUUACGAUUCAACAAUUGAAUUUGAAGCAUCCAUGGAUAUCUGAUUAUAUAGAAAACUUGGCGUGUGCUCAGGAAAAAAUUAGCAAAAGACAGCGAGUUAAAUAA